GAGUCAUCCCAAAGGAGGAACGUGUAGCGAUAGAAACCGGUUCAAUGGCUGCCCGUUUUUGUACUUUGCUGUGACCUCGCAGUAUUUACCAGCCCCCUCGACUUCAGCCCGUCUUAGUUUCCGACGGGCACGUCUCCUGUCCGGGCGGCCAUACCUGCUUCAAGUGAAGUCGGCGACCGCGCCGCACGCUAUAGAUACCAGGCCAGUGUCAUACCGGCAGCCGCUAUGUACAGAAUGAAGGAGUGCAUCCUUUUGCUCGGCCUUUGGGCACUAGCUACCGCAGAUGCAAGAACCUACGACAUAGACUGGGAAGCUCGUUCACCGAGCAGCGCCUACUACGACCGGCACAUGGAGGACCUUUUGCACCACAAGCUGGGGAAGUUCCGAUCCGUGAUGCUCACCGGUUAUCCGAGUCUCGGGAUCUCCGCCAUGGACCCGCUCAACGUUCCUCCCACCGACGUGUCUUCCAUCUUUGGUGGGGACGCGUUUCACUUUCAGCUGCUCCACAUUCAGAUCCGUAACCUCUCCGAAUUCGAUAUCACUAACCUACGAGCCGACACCAAGAACCUCAAAGUUCACCUGGCGUUCCAAGUUCCAAAGGUUUCCGUAAGGAUGCAGUACUCCGUGGCUGGAUCUCUCUACGAGGCGUUUCCCCUUCAAGGAAGUGGCCGUUGCGACAUAGUCUACAAUGACGUCACGAUAACCACGGUAGCACGACUCAAGGAAGCCAACGGGAAGUUCCAGUUCACAAAGUUUGAAGAAUCCAGCGUAGACUUCGCAUCCGAUCAAGUGUCGGUUCAACAGGGGCCUCCAGUGGGAACCAGCGGUGGCCUGGGCUCCCAGGUUGGCAGGAUUCUAUUCUGGACGCUGUCCAAGCAGGUCGCAAGGACCUUACCGUCCAGCCUGCUGCGAUUCCUGAACGACGCACUGGAGCGUGCACCAAGACCUGGCGCCCGAAAAGUCUCCGUAUAAAACAACCAUGCGCACAUCCGUGAAUGGUGGUCUACCAAGUGCCAGGAAUUACCAAUAAUCGCCGACCGUUGAGGUGUGCUUCUCCCCUUCAGAGUGUCUCGGAAGACUUUUCGUUGAGUCAUCAGCGUACCACCGUGGUGUAUUGACUGAAGCAGACAUCCAACGGCUGGCGUUAUUGCUAUUUUCGUCAAACUUCAUCCGUCACCUGUGUUAUGUCAUUACUUCUUUCGUAAUAAAUUAUGUGUCAUUCGAAGCUUGCUACAUUUAA